GGGUGUGCAGCGCGACGCCGGCGACCCGUAGACACCCCUUUGAGUUAUAGUAACUUAUUUUCACGAUUCACGUGCGUUUGUUCCUAUUAUUAUUGUCGUCGUUAUCAAUACAACUACGUAUAUAUUAUAUUAUAACUGCUGGCGGUAACGUCGACCGACUCGACCGCGGAUUUGGAAAAAAAAAACAUCCGAAAUGGACUCGAGUACCGAUUUUGAGGAAAUGAUUUAAACGUAAAAUGGUGGAAAAUGGCAAUUACACGGAACUGAACUACGGUGACACGCCAUACCCGGACGAUGGAACCCCAUGGUUGGAUUCACCUACGUCCAACCAAGUGUUGGGCAUCGAAGAGACCGAAGAGACGUCCACCGUACCGUCGGACAUGAUACCCACUGGGACCGGAGGUCCAAUUGUUAUACGGACCGAAGAGGCGUUCAUUGUCAUAUGUGUGAUGAUACUAUGGGUGGCGGCCAUUGCAUUGUUCUUCAACCGAUGGGGCAAAAUUCGAAUGCUUGAACCGUACCAGCCGAAAUUCCACGAAGAAGAACACCGUCCAAGCUGUCCAAUGGUCGAGUUGGCCGGCGCCUCGGGAAUCGGCCAUAGUAUAACCGGAGGGCACCGCACGUCGUUCUCCAAGUUCAACGUGAACAGCUGCCUGGAACCGUCAGCCAUUUUCCAAACGAUACAGCCGACACACCGGGCCCUGCAAAUCCGGCCACGGCAGAACUCCAUGUUCGCGGGCGGCGGCGCGUUGCCGGGGGCGUGUGGCCCGUCGCAACUGGCCGGCCACUGCACGCUGAUGGCCGGUCGGCCACGCAAGGCCAAAUCAGCGGCCGACAUAAAGUCACUGGUGCAGCACGAGUGCAGCCCCGCCCGGACCAGCCGGUCCAUGUUGCCGAUGACGGUGGGCGCGGCCGCAGUGGCCGCGGUGGCCGAGCGCCGGGUGUCGUGCGCCGCGCCCACGACCACGUCGUCGUUUGGCGGUUACGGUUGCGGUAGUGGCGUCGGCGGCGGCGGCGGUCACGGUUAUGGUUCGCUGUCCGUGGCCACGGUCAAGGAACGCCGGUCGUGCAGCCUGUUCCCGUCGCCAGCGUCCGACAAACGGUUCUUCUCGUCGUCGUCGUCCACCAACACGCCACCGGCCCCAUGCCUGUGUGACGUACCGUUCGGCCAACCGUCGUCGUCGUGGGCGUCCGCCAAACGCGAUUUCCUCAUGACGCCGUCCACGUCGCUGGGUGGCGGUUCCGGGUUCAGCGGCGGCGGCGCCGGUGGCCGGCGGACGUCCUGCGGCAUGGACCACCUGUGCCCGACGUCCAUAACGCUAAAGGACCGCCGGCCGUCGUUCAACAACGUCAUCGCUCAGGUGACGGCCGAACGGCGCCCGUCGUCCAGCAUGCUCAGGAUCAGUAACGUUUAAUUGAUGCGGCACGGCGCAGUGCUCAUGCAGCACCUGAAGUUGUUGCGGUUUGCAAUAUUAUAUUAUGAUUUAUAACUAUUAUAAAUUAUUGUUGUUGUUGUUGUAAUUUCGUAUACGCGCAGCCCCGACCGUCCACGAAAUGUAUAAUAUUAUAUUUAUUAUUACUACGUUGCAGGUCGAGUCUUGAAAACUCCAAUUUUCUUUCUCUGGAAGAUUCCCUCACACUAUCGAUGCUGUACAAUAUAACUCGAAAUUAUAUUUUUCAACCCCCUCGAAAUUUAAGUUAUCGAGAAUCGAUCGUACGUAACUGUUGUAUAUAUAUACUAUCAUAUAUAUUAUAAUAUACGGGUUUCAUUUUUAAAGAUAAGUCCACGCGACACACGUGUACGUUCUAUGGGUUAAACAGUAGCUAUUAUAAUAUAUACUUCGAUUUAAUAUAAAUUAUAAUAUUGUAUGUGCAUAAUAUAAUAUCAAAUUAUUAUUACGUUAUGCUGUACCUAUGAUAAUAUAUUAAAUAAUAUUAUUAUUACGUCGAGAUAAGUCUUUUCGGAGAAUUACUCAAAAUUUGCCUAUUUAGAAUACUUUUGACAGUUUUACUAUGUGAUUUUGAUUAGUGUUACUUUCAACUAUAAUAUUUGUAUAAGGAAUUGAGAUGAUUUUAAAAAGCACUGACAACUCUUCAAACAGUAAGGCCACCGGUGUAUAGCAUCUUUAAGGGUUUUAUGGAAACGGAAUUUAUGUAACCUUCGUAAAUAAUGAGCUGCUUCGAUUUCGAACUGUCAACAAAUUCCAUGAUCACAUGAGUAGGUACACAGCUGAAUUCGUAAAUGUAAUAUAAUAUGGAAUAUUCAUAUUUUUUUUCUCCAUCAUUUGAUAACAAUUUCAAGAUAAAAAAACGCUGCACGAUCUGUGACUCAUACGUUCAUCGAAAACUAACGUGCCGCAAUUCGCAAGUCUCCGAUAUCGUACUAUAAACAACAUGUCGGGCCGGCCCCGAACCUACAGCCAUUCAAACUAUGAUUUUUGGAAUUUUGAGAUAUAUGCAUAUACCAAUUAUAUACAUACCUGUACCCAGGUAUAUUAUACCUAUACUCAAAGUCCAGACAUAGUUUUUUAAGUUACAAUGUUAUCAAGGUUAUCUUUGGAUUCAAAUUCAAUAUAUAUAGGUAAUAUAUAUAAUAUAUACACACUGCGUUACAUACGAUCGUAAUUACAAUAUAUUUUGAAUAACAAUCAUAUAUUGGUACAAGUAUUCACGUCAAUGGGUGACAGUGUGCAGUGUGAUGAUCUCCAGCGGAACGAUAUUGUAUAGGUACCUACAUAAUAUUCAAUUUCCGAGCUUAAUAAUUUCCGAUCUGAGGAAACGUCUCCUUGUCAGUCUCCUGAAGAUUACGUGCCGGAGGUGGUGUGUCAAAUUAAGACACACAUCGUGUCACCUACAUUAUUCACAGGUCCCUUGUUGUAGAGUUGUAAAGUUGUUAUUAAUUCGCCUCUACUAUCGUUAUUGGAGUGAUUUAGAAUGUGUUGUAUUUACAUAAUAUAUUAUUAUUAUGAUUUCUAUUUUAGUGGGUAUAUUUAUCAUACAGUAUAAAACAAACUAUAAAAUGUAAUGAAUUCAUAAUUUAACCAUAAACUUUGGAGGAGUGGGGGAGGGGGUGAUAUUGAAGCACAAAAAUAAUAUCCCGCAUUUAUUUAAAAAAAAAAUAUUAUUUUUGAAUCCUCGAUUGAGUGCGUUAAAAAACAAUAACCACAAUAACCACGUCCAAUGUUGCUGUAAAAAAAACUCAUUAAUUACCAAUUCCAACGUCCAGUAUCAUACUAAAUAUUAUAAAUUAUUGCACAAGCGUCUAGUUAGGAAUCCCGAAUAGUGCCACAUCAAAUAGUAAUAGAUACCGGAAACGUUUCCGGCCACAGUUUUCAAUGCUCACCCCGAGUUUUCACGGUCUACUUGUUUUGUUAACGGCUUAGUUACACGCUAUAUUAUAUUAUAUAGUCAUUGAAUAAAUUUGUUCGACUUAUUUGAUUUUUAAUUCGUGUCAAACAAUAACUGCGGUAGAAACGAUUUAACUGUGUUCCAGUUAAUAGUUAUAACUUAUAAGUUAUAACUAUUUGCGAGAGAAUAAAGUAAUAAUAUAUUAUUAUAACGGUGUUAAAAAUUAAAAAAUGUGUGACUGUCAAUUUGACUACUCUAAAAACUUUAUUUCCUUACAUAGGUAAUAUUAAAUUUCAAUAUCACAACAUAAUGUUAAAUAGUAGUUAUAUCAAUGACGUGAUCACACGAUAGGUGUAGUUGAUGAUUCGGAUUUGUGAGCACGCGUCCACGAGAGUUCGGCCGAUGAUGAUAAAAUCAAUCGCUUAAAUCGUUUGGUUUUACCACAAAGACGAUACGAUAUAAUAUAUACCUACCUAUCAAUGACCGUGGUUUCCGACAAAUAUUCCAAACGCGAUUAUCUGUGACGAUAACAAAUCAGUACGAUGGUUUCCGCUUAUAAUAAUAUUAUUAUGGACCGUUUGUUAUUCUGCCUUGAGGGGAAGGGUAGGAUUUCGAUAUGGACCCAAAACGUUCUACAUCACCUCUAGUCGAGGCCUAAACAAUACGGUGGAGAUAAAAUAUAAUAUUAAUCAUCAUAAAACGGUUAUCUUCGAAAUUCACUGCGUAGUGGACCGCGCAGAUAACGUUUACCGAAAACAAUAAUAAUAUUGUAUAAAUCCAGUGCACCGGACUAUUGAACCGAUUUAUGCCUUAUGUGUUAUUACGCGAUACGCAUUAAUAAUACCAAACGACGAUAAUAAUAUAAAUUAUUAUAUUCACAACAACUUACUGUAUAGCUGGUAUCAAAAUAAAAUUUAGGUGUGUUAGUGCGGGUUAUAAACGAAACAAUUAGUAAAAUAUUAACUAUACGUGUUUGCGAUACCUAAAAUAUAAUAUAAGAUAAUAAAUAAUAAUAAUAUUUAUUUACAAUAUUUUAAUUAUUACAUAAUUUGGCGAAGUAAAAAUAUGAUAUACCUGUGGUAUAUAAGUGGUAGUGUAGGUUCAUUACAAAACAUUAAUAAAGUUUUCAAUAAUUAUUUACCAUCUUCAUCCAUCGUUGUCACGAUGCCGUGUACAAAUAUCACACCGAAGCGUUAUCUCAAUGAAUACAGAAUAAGGCCAAUAUUAUAAUAUUAUUAUCGUUUCAUAAAAAACCCAUAUUUUGUAUUCUUUUGUGUGUCGUUGAGUAAUCGGUGUUAUCGCGGUGACACGAUCUACUUUUAUUACCACUCCAUUACACUUCGACACUAUACAAUACAAUAUUAUUUCGUAAUGUUGUGUUUACGUUUGACCAAAGUCGUAAGUUUCGCUGUGAUCAAAACGCCAUUAUUAAAAUAACACAGCGACCGUUCGCGGGACGGCUGAGGCUAUGCGAUCAUUUUUUAUAAUUUUUUAAAAUCUAGUGCGUUUUGUCUCUUCGUUUUUUAACCUCAUUACCAUAGAUUCAUAGUUAAACAAUAUUCAACCGGCGUGCGUACAUUAUUCUCUCAUAACGACCUACGAGGAGACUACAUAAUUGACGAGCGCGAUACUAUAAUAUAUAUUAUACAGGGUGAUUCACUAUGCGUACCCCCCCCCUCCGUUUUUGCUUUAAUAAUGCAGUUGUUCAAAAUGUGAUUUUUGAAAUUUUUAAAUAUACCCAACUACUUUGGGAGUGUCUAAUAGAGAUACAAUUUUCUGUUAUUCACUUUUUUCAACUGUAAAUUAUUUAGUGGAUAAUUUUUCUGAAAAAGUUAUCGUAUCAUAAUCAAAUAUCAGACGAGUAGUUUUUGAGUUAUUUAACUUUAUAUUCUAUGGAUGAAACGUUCAUGAUAUUGAGUUCGGAAGAUAUGAGGGCUCUAAAAUAUUUUUAUAAGAUCAUUUUUAAGGACUAACCCCUUAGUAUAAAUAUUUUGAUAACUGGGAAAUUACAUGUUAGAAUUUUUGAUUCUUACAUCUUCUAAGGUACCUCAUACAUCAAUAUUUUCAAAAUAAUUAUCUGGGCACUAAAUAAUUUGUUGUAAGAUACGGGAUUGUCAAUUGAUAAAUAGAUGUUUGUAUCGCUACAGGACACUCAUAGAAAGUACAAAAGAUCUCAAGAAUUUGAUAAUAUGGUUAGGUAUUAAUUAUUAUAUUUAAAAAAUACCAAUAAUGAUUUAAAUAAAUUCAAAAAGGUAUAAUUUAAGGAAAACGGUUAAGGUAAAAUGGCAUCAACAUAUACUUGGUGAAUCACCCUGUAUACAUAUCCGUAUAUCACUGUAUAAUAUUAUUACGACGUGCUGCUGUCUAACCAUGGGGAAUAUGUUUUUUUCUCAAAUUCAUUUCCCGAGUCAAAACCCUUCGUUCAAUUAAUAAUGAUACAUAGGGGAGAGACAAUAGCGAAGGAGAAUAUUAAUUGUCAACACAGAGUUAGAGUUGUAUAACGUAGCUCUACGGCAUGACGACGAGUUUCGUUUUAAUUGAUUUAAUUAUUUACCCGGCAUCAUAAUAAUAUUAUAAUGGAGAUUUUUUUUUUCAUAAAGGUCUGAAUUUCACGUUUUUUUUAGUUUUUUAAGUGUGCACCUUCCCUCUAAGAAUUCAGCACGAGGGGCAUAAUAAUUUAACGUACGGUAGUGCAGAGCAAAAAGUGACGCGAACAGACUAAUGUUUUUUAAAUGUUCUCUAUCGGAGUGUGGAACGACAAAAAAAGUACUGUAAGAUUAGACAUUUAAAAAAAAAAAUUACUCUUAUGUCGUUUAACGGGUAAUCAUAUAUAGAUAAAAUUUAACCAUCGAGAAGAAAACAAUAAAUUGAGGGAACUCCCAAGUUGUAUCCCUUAUAGUAAUGGUUAAUGAUUUCGAUUCGAUUGACUUUUAAUGCGUAAUUUAUGUAAUGUGUUUCAAAACGUGGUUAUAUAAAUUGUUAUUACCGUUAUUGAACUCGAAGCAAGUGCACAUCACUGUCUGUGUUUCACCCGAGUGCCUACUCAUGUCGAAUUUAACGUAGUUUACGGGCAACGGUAUAAAGUUAGCUUUAAAUUGAAAAAGUAAGCACCCACCAUGCGUGGAACUUUUCUGUUGUAUUGAUCAUUACGGCACGGGUACUUCGUUUUUAUUUAUUUAUCGAAUCCCACGCGAUUAUUUAAACAUAUUAUACACAAUAGGUAUAGGUACCUAAAGUGCGUACGAAAAGAUAACCGUACAGAACUAUUUGCACGGUAGUUAAGGCAGUUCGAUGGAGUCGAGGUGUACGCUCGUCAUUGGUUAGGUUAUUGGUACCGGCUAUUAUUUCCAUCCCUAUUUAUACGUUUUGAAAUAAAUUUGGUACACGAUUAAAUAAUAAUAUAAACCAGAUAAAUGUCAGAGGAUGAACGUUGUUUGGAAAAUAAAACCGUAUCUAUUCAAAUUUAAAAUUAAAAAUAUAGAGCUCAAUCUAAAAAUUAAAUUAAAAUAUGACACUGUACAAUAAAUUAACAAGAGAGGACGAUAAAAUCAUCACCACAGUAAAACCGUAUAGUUUUUUAAUAUUUUAUUUUAAACAUUUAAAAUAAAAAUUCAUCAUAUUUACCCCGUGACAUUGCCUGGGGUUUGGUAUAAGAAAAUUGCUCUGUAUGAUAAUUGAUAGCAAGUUAUCAAGUGAUAGCAACCACUUUACGAUAAUACGAUUGAAUAAUUUGCAAAACAACACUGCACUAUAAACAAUUGCAAAUAAAAAUAUCUUCCCCAAAUGCCUUAAUUAAAGUACGUAACCGAUAGGAAUCAGAAGUUUUAUCUCGUUUUACACCAAUUAUAGAAAAAAAGGUAAACAAACGUAUAUUGCGUCCAACGAUGGAAGAAAAUUGUAAAUUGCACCCAAUUCGUUUCAGAUGUACAUUUGUAUGUAACAAAUUGCGCUCUAUACAUUUCAGGAAAAAACAUGUCUAUGUUGUAUUUUGCGGAGGCUAUUUUUAAAUAAUAUAUUUUAUGUAAUAGCCAUUUAGCGUUACCCAGGGAACACCACGAAUAGGUGGCUAUCAUUGUCGUCCAAAAAUUGUUUUCUGGUUUGAUAAAAAUUAAAAUUUUAAAACUGUUUUAAAUCAAAUAAUAUGGAUGGAUUAAGUAAAUAAAAAAAUUAUUAUACUAGAUAAAUUAUGUAAUAGACAAUAGUAUAGAAUAAAUAAUAAUAACAAUAAUAUAAUAAUUAUUGUAUUCUUAUAACCCCAUAGUAUAAUGCGACAUCUUUAAAAUGGAUACCGAUGAAUUCGAAGUCACCAGGGCCGUCCUUGAGGGGGAGGCGAGCAGAACCCAGGCCCUGGGCCUCGCGCUUUUUAUUUACAUUUGGAAAAAAGUGGUAAAAUUGGUUUAAAAAUUGGUAUUCGCCCUGGGCCUCGAAAAUUCUAAGGGGCGGCCCUGGAGUUCACUAUUAUAGAAAGUACGCUACGGACGCAAUUUACUAUAUCUUUUCACUGUGGCCUCGAUUAUUUACAAUCACACAAAAUAUCAAAUACCUACCAAAUCUGAACUCGUUGAUAACAUUCGUGUAGUGCGCGCAUCGGGAAAACGUAAAAUCAAAAUAUAGUGUACCCGACUGCAGCUGCUGAUCCCAUUCGGAGCUAAUGCUCGAGCGUGUAAUAUCCUCGCAAAAACGGCACGCGAUACAUUUUGAGAGCAAUUAUUAUCGAAAACCUCUCGGACAUUUCGGUCGACUUAAUGACGCGUGUACUGGCUGCUAUAAAUACAGGGCGACGGUAUCGGAGAGUGUUAUUUACUGCCAUUGUGUCCCGUUUUAUUGUUUUACCGCCAGUUUUUUUUUUUUUUUUUGAAAAAUUGCCCGCAUCGUGCGUCACAUGGCUCAUAAAAUUUGACCUGGGAAAUGUAUAGUGCCUAAUAACAAUAAUAAUAAUAAAGUCGAAUUGAGCGAGCGCCACACACACACACUUUCACGAGUAUUCCAAACUAGCCAAGGUCUUAUCACAAUAUUUGAAAAACCUGAAAAAUUUUUUUUCAACAUUCAAUUAUAUUUCGAACUUACUGCAGCUUGGUCGUUGCUACUAAUAUCGAUUCGUCUCUCAUGAUAUACUAUAUGUUUAAAUAAAAAUGUUGAAAAAUUAAUUUCAAUUUAGGAUCAAGAACACAAAUUCUUGUUGCAAAAGUAAACUAAAAUAAAUGUACACGAAAAAACUCUAACUAUACCUACAAAUAUACAAUACGAAUUAAGGUACCCAUGGUUAUAAUUUUAAAUUUGGUUUCCUAAAUUUAAAAACGUGACAUUAGUGGAUAAUAUAGUGGACUGUAAAUAUUUAUAUUUUAUUUUACUUGUCUUGGUGGCAUUUAUAUUUAUUUAUAGAAUUAUAGUACUAUGAAUAUAUAAUAUUAUUAUAUACACAUACUGAGACAAUUACAAUAAAAUAUAAAUAUUUGCAGUCCACUAUAUGGUUUUCUGUUUAAUUCACAUGAAAACAAACACACUAAUCCACACGUGUAAUGGGACAAAUAAUGUCUCGUUGGAGUUUUGUCGAAAACAAUGCAGAAAACGAGGACGAUAUUGAAAAAUAAAAACCAAACGUCAACCUAUAUAUGGCUUAAUAUGCACUUGGCACUAUUCCGCCAUCGCAUUCACCUCUAGCAGGAAAUAACACGUGCCAUGGCUUUUUUUUUAUGUCAGUGUUGUAUGUGUGUGACCGCUUAUUCCGAACGAAAAAUCCGUGUAAUGGUCGCCCAUUGGCGUUCACCACCGAUUCUUAUACAUGACGACCCUAACCAUGGUAACGUUUUAUUUUUUUUUUCAAUCACGAUAACCAUGAUUUUAGCUCUCGCCCCCGACGCAAAAGUUCUCUCGUGACGUUAAUCAUAAUAUAUCGUAUUUUCAACUUACACUAUUAUUCGAUCAUUUGACGUGCGUCCAGCAAACCAGUGUACGAACUAAGCCGAAUUCUCAUGCUCCAAUCAUAUGAACAUUUUGAAAAAAAAAUCGUACAAGGAUUAAAUUAUUAUAAACUACAAAAUAUCAAAUACAGAACUUAUUUUUUCAAUUUCUAAAAAUAGUUUGAUAUAUGUAAAAUAUUUUAGUGUUAGAAUGGCGUUUAUCUUUUGAUAUUCAUCCAUCAUUUAAUCGUUUGUUCGAUGUUUUCGUCGUAUACGUGUAGUUUUUAUUGAUAAUUAUAUUCAAAUUGUAAUAUAAAUUUUAUAGUAUGUAAGUAAAAAUAUUAUUUCAAUACAAUGUCAAUAACUCUGGAUAACAAUUUAUAGAAUCAAUAUUUGAUAUUUUAUCCUAUUAUAUCCAUACUACUUAUUUCAAGUACAAAAAGAUUAUUGAAAAUAAUACAAACCAACAUAAAUACAACAAAGAUGAUUUUAAAAACAGAAUAAGAAUAUUCUUAUUUUCUAAUUAUCAACCAUAUACAUAAUAUAUACUAAACAUAUUAUAUUGUAUGUAUUAUAAAUAUAUUUUUUUUACUUCACAAAUAAAUUAAUAUCUACGAAUAAAAUAUUUUCGUCAAAGUAAAAUUAUUAUUUAUCGCUUAUCAAGUGAAAAAAAUAUAUACCUUUAUUUUGAUGUUUUGAAAGAAAACAAUUUCCUCUAAACAUCUAUGAUAAAAAAAAAACUUAUUAUAUUAUAAUAAAUAAAAAUAAUGGUUCUUACUUGAAUUUGAAGAUUAUUAAAAAAGUGCCAAAAUUGAUUACUGUUAUUGCAUAGACAUUUCCGUAAAAGUGUUUUAUUUCUGUCACUGACUAUAUUAUAAUAUAUAACAUAAGAUAAUUUUAUUUGGUAAAAAUAGAUCUUAAUAUAUAAAUUAUAUAUUGUUAUUGUUAUGUUUAGAAUACGAGUAUAUAUAUAUAUGUAACUUAACUGUAGAUUUUUUUUAUGAAAUACUUUAUUUCAAUUUUGUAUUUUUAAUUGUAGAAUUAGAUUAAUUUUAAGGAUGAAAAGCGGUUGCCGGACCACAGUAAUAUUAAGCUCUAUUACGAGGAUAAAAGAGAAAAAAUAAUUUUUUAAAUUAAAAUAUACUUAAUGUCUUAAUUUAAUAUAAGUCUUUAUUUUAAUAGUAAUUACUAAUUAGCAUUAGAAUUGUAUGAUAAUUUAUUUAUAAUAUUAAGAAUAAGUUUACGAAAAUUAACUAUAACAACUAUAUUAUUAUAUUCAGAAUGUGUUAAUGAAUAUUAUGUUUAAAAAAUGUAAUUCGUUGUAUUAGUAACCUUUCUUUUAUCAACACUGUUUAUUUAUUGUAAAAUAAAUAUUAAUCUAGAAUAAUCAAAUGUAAUAGAAACUUCUUUAUA